CUCCCGGUCAGCUUGGUGUGGACCUUGCAGGUUCAUUUCUCCUAUAGUUGGGGAGCUCAGUAACAAGUACCCUCAUGUCACAACUUAUAAGAUUGACAUUGAUCAGGAAGCAAUUCGAGACACGUUGAGCAGGUUGCAGAUUACAUCUGUGCCCACACUUCAUUUCUUUCAAAACGGGAGAAAGGCUGAUGAACUUGUAGGUGCAGAUGUUGCACGACUGAAUCACAUUACAGAGAAAUUAUUCAAGAAGGACUAGCUCUGAUUUUGAGGUCGGAAGGAAUUACUGAUGGUCGAUCCAGUACACAUGAUAAAACUGCAACUGCUUAUACGUUCUUUAGGUGUCACUCCUGUUCAGUUGUUUGGGCUUAAUGCCAUCGCUUACCAUGGAAAUUGAAAUGUUAUUUAUGGCAACCAUUUGAUGGUAUUUUAAAUCUCUACAUGAAAAGAGAAAGAAUUUGCAUACUUGCGUAGGACAUGAGAGAUUUGUUAUUAGUGAUUUCUUAUAUUAUACAUACCGAAAGAAUACCAUGAAGUUAAAAAAUCUCGAGUAUUUGUGAUUUCUUAUGUAAAUCAUUAGUGUUAGUUUUUGCUUGUGCAUUUGUGAAAAAUAUAUCACAGAUAUGCCGAGAGAAAAGGAGAUAGAAGUGGUGAAAACAAGAGAACAAAUUGGUUUACAAAAUGAUUUGAGAAACCUAUCUCACUUCAAGUCUGGUAAGGAUUUUAGUUAAUUGUUCCCUCGAAGGUAUGAGUCUAACAUCUAGUAGCUGUUGUGCAAUUCAAAGUCAAAAAUAUAUUAGCUACCUGAAACCUACUAACCUCAAGUUGAUAUUAUUGUAAUUUUCAAGAACAUUACAAAAAUAAAAUAUGUAAUUAAAAACAAUCCUUUUGUGAAAUGAGCAACAAAACACACAGUAUAAGAGGACUAAUAUAAAUAUUUUUCAAUCUAAAAGAACUAAAAAGUUAUAUAUAUUCUUUAGUUUAUAUUCAGAAGAGUACAGAACUAGUCAAUUAAGAUAUAACAAAGAGAAGAGAGAGAAAGAAAAAUUCCAACUUAGAACUGUAGCAGUAUGACUAUGAGCAUCAUGGGUGCACACUGGGUGCACCAACCUUGUCAUAUCCCUCGUGCUUCCACAAACAAAGUGUGCACGCGUCAUCAUCGUUCGCACCACCACCCUACCCCUUUUCUCUUUUUGUCGCAGACUCCAAAGCUUUCAAAGGACUCACGUGGAAGCAGAUUGACCAAACCCCUUGUACUUGCAGCCACCGAAACACAACACGAGCGACCCCCCAUUCGACCACUCAUCGAUCUCUUAAAGUCCUGCGAGCAAAAUGGGUCUCUGAAACAAGCAAAUUGCAUUCAUGGGCAUGUUUUAAAAUUUGGUUUUAGUGACCGAGACAACUUGGUGUUUUUAAACCACGUAGCUCACGUGUACUCAAAAUGCAUGGAUUACAAUGCUGCUCGUAAGGUGUUUGAUAAUAUGCCUACGAGAAAUGCUUUUUCUUGGACUGUCAUGAUUGUUGCAUCGAACGAACAUGGCUACUACCGUUACGGGUUGGAACUUUUUUGCAUGAUGUUGGAUAGAGGUGUGUUGCUUGAUGGGUUUGCUUUCUCCGCUGUUUUGCAGUCUUGUGUUGGAUUAGAUUCCAUUGAGUUUGGUGAGAUGGUGCAUGCCCAAGUUGUUCUUAGGGGUUUUCUUAUGCAUGCUGUUGUGGGUACAUCUCUUCUCAACUUUUAUGCAAAGUUAAGAAAGUGUGAGUGUUCUGUUAAGGUGUUCAACAACAUGCCAGAGCUUAAUGAUGUUUCUUGGAAUGCAAUGAUUUCUGGGUUUACUUCUAAUGGUUUAUACCAACAAGCAUUCGAUUGUUUUUUCAACAUGAUUGAAGUUGGGGUUUCGCCUAAUAAAACUACCUUUUUAUGUGUUUCCAGGUCAAUUGGGCAAUUAGGUGACAUUAACAAGUGUCAUGAAGUUCAUAGGUAUGCUUCUGAAUUGGGAUUGGAUUGCACUACUUCGGUUGGAACGGCUCUUAUUGAUAUGUACUCUAAGUGUGGGUUUUUGUCCGAUGCACGAGUUCUUUUCGACUCGAAGUUUGCAAGUUGUCUGGUUAAUGCGCCUUGGAAUGCAAUGAUAACAGGCUAUUCACAAGCUGGUUGUCACUUAGAAGCUUUGGAAAUGUUCGCAAGAAUGUGCCAAAAUGAUGUCAAACCAGAUCUUUACACAUUUUGUUGUCUGUUCAACUCAAUUGCUGCUUUGAAGUGUCCCAAAGCCUUAAAGGAGACACAUGGGGUGGCUCUAAAAGGUGGAUUUGAUGCGUUCGAAAUUAGCGUAUCGAAUGCCCUAACCGAUGCUUAUGUAGAAUGUGAGUCACUUGAAGCUGGAGAGAAGGUAUUUUAUAGAAUGGACAAGAAAGAUAUAGUAUCUUGGACAACCAUGGUGACUGCAUAUUGUCAAUAUUCUGAGUGGUGGAAAGCCUUGGGUAUCUUCUCACAGAUGCGGAAUGAAGGCUUUGCACCCAAUCAUUUUACAUUUUCUAGUGUGAUUACAGCAUGUGGUGGUCUUUGUUUACUAGAAUUUGGCCAGCAGAUUCAUGGUUUGAUAUGCAAGGCCAGGUUGGAAACUGACUCAUGCAUUGAAAGUGCUCUAAUUGACAUGUACUCCAAAUGUGGCAAUUUGGUAGAAGCAAAGAUGAUAUUUGAAAGGAUAUCAAACCCUGAUACUGUUACUUGGACUGCAAUUAUAUCCACUUAUGCUCAACAUGGUCUUGUUGAAGAUGCCCUUAAACUCUUCAAAAAGAUGGAACAAUCAGCUGUGAAAGUCAAUGCUGUUACAUUGUUAUGUAUCCUUUUCGCUUGUAGCCAUGGAGGAAUGGUGGAGGAUGGCUUGAGAAUUUUUAAUCAAAUGGAGAGCAGAUAUGGUGUGGUACCGAAAAUGGAACAUUAUGCUUGCGUUGUUGAUCUCUUAGGCCGCGUUGGCCACUUGAAUGAAGCAGUGGAAUUUAUCGACAGAAUGCGGAUCAAACCAGAUGAGAUGGUUUGGCAGGCUCUGUUAGGAGCAUGUAGGAUUCAUGGAAAUUUUGAGCUAGCCGAGACGGCUGCUCAAAAGAUUAUAUCAAUUCAACCUGAACAUUCUUCUACCUAUGUUCUUUUGUCCAACACUUACAUGGAAUCAGGGUUACAUAGAGUUGGAGUUGGUUUGAGAGAUGUCAUGAAAGAACGAGGCAUUAGAAAGGAACCAGGGUAUAGUUGGAUUUCUGUGAGAGGUGAGGUUCAUAAGUUUUAUGCUAGAGAUCAACAACAUCCUCAGAAAGAUAAAAUCUACACUAUGUUAGAAGAGUUGACUAGGCAUAUGAAGUACAUGCAUUAUGAACCAGAAUUUAGUUUAAUAUUUUAACGUUUGAACUCAAUUUAUUUGAUUAAAAUAGUGCUUAAAACAAGUAAGGCAAAUAAGGUAGCAUUUGGCUUGUGCAAAUAAUAAUAGCAUGAUUGAUGCUAUGGAAGGUAACAUUUGGGGGCAGAUAACACGUGGCCAGCUAUUGGUACAAAUAUAAAAUCAACUUGAGAGGGUACGAGUAUCGCCAUUGGUGUUUUCUGAUUUGGAAAGCAACAUGUGCCACUAUUUUGUUACACUGUCAUGUGAAAUAUGUAUCAACUUUAUUAAUAACUAAUUUCUGUUGAAGAAGACCACCUUACGUUAAA